AUGCUGGCAACAGUUCAAAAUUAUACACAAGCCCUGAUGAAUCCACAUUCGGGAUCCGGCUCGACAUUGGCUGGAAUUGUUCCAAGUUUCAAAGAAAGAAGACCAUUACGUAAGUUUUCAUCAUUUUUCCGAUAACAACAAAAAUCGAUAUUUUUUGUUUGUUUACCAAAAAUAUUGUUGUUAUUUCAACGAAAGAAUAUUAUUUAUUGUGAAAUCUUUCAAGAACCUUCAUUCUGAUUUAUGAUCUUUCUAUAUCUAACAGACAGUUCAGUUCAACUUUUCAAAAAUGAACUUUGAAGACAAAAAAGUGCGUCUAGUUUACAACCUUCUCAAUUAUAUAAAAAAAGUGUCUACAAAGGUCAGAGACGCAGAGUUAGAUGACAUGUGAACAUCAGCUGAUUCGAUUUUUCUUGCUUUGUGUGCACGUUUUUUUUUUGGUGAAACGUUAGGGAAAAAGAGUUUGGAAUAAAAACGGAUGGAUUACAAAGGACAAGAUUUAUGAUUUGAAUUUAUUUUUCGAAAAGUUUGAUAUCAAUUAGGUAACAUUGUGAAAUAGAAUAAAAUCAUAUUAUUGAAAAAAGUGAUUUUUUUGGGAGAAAAUCAAAAAUACCUCAAUUAAUAUUCAAAAAAUACCUCAAUUUAACUAGGUAGAACAUUUUGUGCAAAUAAUUUUAAAAUUUACACAAUUUUUUUCAAAUAUAUACCUUCCUAAAAUAAUUCUGAAAUUUUCCACUAUUCAAAGUCUCCCAAAAACCCCAAAUUUCUUCCAGAUGAACGCAAGAAGGAUGUCGAAGAAAUCCGUCGUCAACAACCCAACAAAAUCCCCGUAAUCAUCGAGCGAUUCGACGGCGAAAGAAGUUUACCAUUAAUGGAUCGUUGCAAAUUCUUGGUUCCCGAUCAUAUCACAGUCGCCGAAUUGAUGUCAAUCGUCAGAAGACGACUUCAACUUCAUCCACAACAGGCCUUCUUUCUUCUCGUCAACGAACGUUCAAUGAUUUCGAAUUCGACUAAUAUGAGCGAAUUGUAUCGAAAUGAGAAAGACGAGGAUGGUUUCGUCUACAUUGUUUAUACUUCUCAACCAGCCUUCGGUUCUGCAUAA